UGACACAUUGUUUUAGAAGUGACUUCAGAAAUUUGAUCAAUCAGAUAAGCAGAGAAAAUGGAAGCCAUUCUUACCACCAAAAUCCCUCUUUCUCUCUCCUCUUCAUCAUCAAACGCACCUUCACUUUCUCUCUCCUCACUCUCAAUCCUAAGCAAAACCACCAGAAAACUGACUUCUCAAAGCAACAGCAUUGUUUACAAGAACACCCAGCAUUAUCCUUGUGUUAGAAUUAGUGCAAUGUCCCAAACUGCCCCUGCUUCUGCAGAAAUUUCAACAAUUCCUACUGAGAUGAAAGCAUGGGUAUAUGAGGAAUAUGGUGGUGUUGAUGUUCUUAAGAUUGAUUCUAAUGUUAAAGUUCCAGAAUUAAAGGAUGAUCAAGUUUUGAUUAAGGUUGCUGCUGCUGCUUUGAAUCCUGUUGAUUUUAAGAGAAGGCUUGGCAAGUUUAAGGCCUCUGAUUCUCCUCUUCCUACUGUCCCAGGCUAUGAUGUUGCUGGUGUGGUAGUAAAGGUUGGUAGUGAAGUGAAAGAAUUGAAGGUAGGGGAUGAAGUUUAUGGAGACAUCCAUGAGAAAGCACUUGAUGGUCCAAAACAAUCCGGAUCAUUAGCAGAAUAUACAGCUGUGGAGGAGAAGUUGUUAGCUCUGAAGCCUAAAAAUCUUGACUUUGCACAAGCUGCUGGUCUCCCUUUAGCUGUUGAGACUGCCUACGAAGGUCUAGAAAAGGCCGGAUUCUCAUCUGGGAAAUCAAUCCUCGUUUUGGGUGGGGCUGGUGGUGUUGGAUCCCUCGUAAUCCAACUUGCGAAACAAGUAUUUGGUGCCUCAAGAGUUGCAGCUACUGCUAGCACAGGGAAGAUCGAAUUCUUGAAGAGUCUUGGUGUUGAUCUUGCUAUUGACUACACCAAAGAGAAGUUUGAGGACCUGCCAGAAAAGUUUGAUGUUGUCUAUGAUGCAGUUGGGGAAGGUGAGAGGAAUGUAAAGGCUGUGAAAGAAGGGGGAAGUGUGGUGGUCUUAACAGGCGCAGUCACACCGCCAGGUUUCAGAUUCGUGGUGACAUCCAACGGAGAAGUACUGAAGAAGCUAAACCCUUAUCUCGAGAGUGGGAAGGUGAAGUCAUUAAUCGAUCCAAAGGGUCCUUUCCCAUUCGACAAGGUUGAUGAAGCCUUCACUUACCUUGAAACUAAUCGCGCUACUGGUAAAGUAGUCAUCCAUCCCAUCCCCUGAGGUUAAUUUCAGAGUUUUAGACUCCUCAAGUUCUAAUUAACACUGUCUGAAUUUAGUAGAUCUAAGGCCAAUCCAUUUGAUAAUGUAAUCAACGAAUAAUACUGUAAGUUACCUAUAACUAUGAGGAAUGAUCAGUAUCAUUUUCCUUUUUGGA